AUGUGUUUUAAGACGUUACUUCAAGCAGGUGACAGCGAUAAAAAUACUCCACUUCAUAUUGCUGCUAGAAUGAAGAACGGAGAAAUUUUUGAAUAUUUAUUAAAACGUGGCAGGGAGUUGAAAACUUCUAGUUCGGAAGGUAAGGAAGAAAAAAAAGUAUAUGGAGUAGACGAACCACGGAAUUGGCUCGGACAAACACCAUUGUUUGAAUGUGCAAAAUAUAACAGAAAAUCAUUUAUGGAAAAACUAUUGUCAGAACAACCUAAUUCGAGCAAAUGGACGAAAAUACUUGAUCAAUUAAAAGAUCAAAAUCAAAUGACAUGCCUACACAUAGCAUGUUAUAACGGUAGUUUGGAUAUUGUUAAAUAUCUUAUUACUGUGCAUCAGAUUUCAAUUAAUCCUUAUGCAAGUACUCGACAGACGCCAUUGUAUGGAGCUUGCGAAGGAGGCUUUAUUGACGUUGUACGGUAUCUACUUGAUUAUACGGAUGCCAAUCCUACAAUAAGAACAGCUAAAGGUUACAAUUGUCUUGAUAUUGCUAUCGCAAGACACCAUCAUGAAAUUGUCAAACGUUUAUUGGAAUAUCCCGAAUGGCGUAUUUUAAUGGAAAGUGUUCAAUAUGAAGACAGUGAUGUACCGAUUACGCCUAUGCGACGGUUGAUCAUAUCUAUGCCGGAAAUCGCCUAUGAACUUAUUGAUAAACAUUUUACAACGAUUAUUGGAGAUGCUGAUCAACCGAAACAUUUAAUUAAAUAUGACUACACAUUUAUUGAUGAUCAUUACAAUAUUUGUGAUUGGCAGUUCGAUGACCUUGUUGACAAGCCAGGAUCAAAAUUGAGCAAAUGGUAUAAAUCUAUAUUAACUAAGGUAAGCAUACCUGAUCGUCGUCAUCCAUAUACACCAAGUGCAUACACACUACUUCGUAAUCAUCCUCUAAUGCUGAUGUCACAAUGUAGCCAAGAAAAAUUAAUAACACACCCAUUAUGUUUGGCAUUACGCAAAGCGAAAUUUCGGCGAUUUAGUCGCUGGAUACUUCUCUUAUCCUUUCUUAGCUAUAUUAUGUUUAUGGCUUUGUAUACUAUUGUUGUUCUUCAAACAAUUCAUCCACAACAUUACUAUGAUCUUUAUAAUUCAUCUGGAAAUGCUUCAGGUCAAAACAUCGAGUGGGAUUAUGGAUUCAAUAGUGACGUCUGUCGACAAGUAGGAAUUUAUUUAAUCGAAUCAGGAAAUACUGAUGCACGAAAGACGACAAAUCAAGAAAGAUCUUUAUUGAUGCUCGAUGUUUUAUUAAUUAUAUUUGUGAUUAAAAAUGGAAUUUUUAUAUUAGCUUCAUUUCCACGUUUUAUUCGUAAAAUAGCAUACUAUACAGAAGCACUUGCUCUAGUAUUGGUAUACGUGUGUAUCAGAGACGAUAAUUCAUGGCAAAGUUCUCUUAACUUUCGAUGUCCAAUUCAAUGGGAGCUAGGUUCAAUUGGUCUUCUAUUAUCUUGGUUAGUGUUCCUUUCAUAUAUGCGUUAUAUUCCUUGGAUGGAUAUUGGUCUAUAUGUUGUCAUGCUCAAUGUAAUCCUUUUAAAAUUUCUUCGAGCAAUACCUCUUUUAAUGGUACUUUUCUGUGGUUUUGGUUUCACUUAUUAUAUGCUAUUACAAUAUCAAACUGUUUAUGGGACUCCAUUUGAAGCAAUGUUUCGCACAGCAUUGAGUCUAUUCGAUUUAGGAUAUGAAAGUCGACUUUAUAAUCCACCGACUGGUGUUAUGUAUUAUCCUGUCGUCUAUUUUGUUUUCAUUCUAACCCAAAUUAUUCUAACUAUUCUUAUGACAAAUAUGUUGAUUGGUUUGGCUUUGGGAGAAAUUCCAACAUUGAAAACACAGGCAACACUUCUACGGAAUAAGAUGAUGUAUGAACUCUUCUUUGAUUAUGAAAUUUUUCAUCUUCAAUUGAAAACAAUAGUACGAAUUAUUUUAUAUUUCUUAAUGUGCCGUGUAUGUCGUCGACGUUCGAAUCCAAAUACCUGUAAACAGAUUGAAUCAUUUUUUUCAUUAUUUCCAUUAAAUGAAUUUAUUCACCUUCGAUCAUUAUCAUUUAUUAAUUUGGGUUAUGAGGGUAUUGAACAAGUCUCAUCUAUGUUAACCUUAUUACCUGAUUUAUACCGAUUUUAUGCUCCUGGAUGGAGAAUAGAAGCACAGACUAUAUCUAAAUCGAAAAUACAAGUGUUAACAUUAGGAAACUAUCUUCCUACAUCUAUUUAUAAAACAUCGUCAGUUACAUCAUUAAGAAUUUAUUUGUGUACUUUAUCUGAAUUACUAACACUAUUGAAUUAUACAUCGAUGUUAAAAUAUAUAAAAAUCGACAUGUGUAGUGAUUAUGAUAUGAGAUCUGAUUUUAGUAAGAUAUGUGCUGUUCAUUUAAAACAAUUAUAUCUAAAUUAUUCUUCGACUUCUUUUGAACGUUUCGAACUGUUGUUAAAAUGUGUUCCAAACUUGAAAAUUUUUUCAAUCUAUGAUGACAAUGCAGACAAUACGAUUGAUGCUGAUCGAUGGCAACAUCUCGUCAAAUCUUCAUUACCACUAUUACGUGUAUUCAAUUUUAACUUUAGUUGUCGCUAUUCUGAAUCUUACGAUAAGAUAUUAAUCAAGCUUUCACCAUUUCAAACUGAUUUUUGGCAUCAACACAAUUGGUAUAUCAAUUAUGUAAUCGAUGACGGAAGACAUUCCGUUUAUACUGUACCAUACACACCUACUCACUAUACAUUAACAUCUACUAUGAAGAAAUACAAUAGUUCAUCAACAAAUGAUUUAAAUGAAUUUGAUAAUGUUAAGUAUUUAUCUUUAUUUUCAAAUGCAAUUACAGAUGAUUCAUCAUGGUAUUUUCGAAAUGUUCAAUCAUUAAGUUUAGCAAGUAGUCGUGAUCGUCGUGAUGAAGACGAUGAGUACGAAUUAAAAAUAGAACAUUUGAAGAAGAUGGUCAACUUAUCAAAUAUUAUAGAAUUGGAAAUUACAAAAAGAUGUGUAAUUAAAUCAGAAUUACUAUUUGAAAUAUUAAAGCAAAUGCCAAAUAUAUCAUCAUUAAUAUUAAAGAAACAAAUAACAAGUUCAUUUUAUACUCAUCACGAACUCUGUGAACUUUUGAAUAAAAAAAUAAAAAUAUUGGAUUUUACUUAUCCAUCUUGCGAUCAUUAUAUUGUAAUUCAAGAUUUAGAUUGGUUUUGUAAAACAUUUUCAAAUGUCGAAGAACUUCAGUGUGAUAUCGAUAAUGUUGAUGAUGUUUUAUUAAUAUUACGGCUAAAACGCGUAACGCGUCAACUCGGGGGACCAGACUUUAAAAAUUUCGAUCUAAAUAUCAUGACUAUAGUCUUCUAUAGUAUAGCAUCAAAUAGUUGGAUGUUGUUCUAG